GACACAAAACAAAACUCUUCCACCCACUGCCAAUACCAUGACCACUACCGUCUUAGAGAUUCACAGCGCCGACCCGCCGGCUCCAGCUGCCGGCGAUGACGAGUGCUCCAUCAAGCAAGUGGAUAUUACAGUGCCGAAGACCGAUGACCCGAACUUGCCGGUUCUCACCUUUAGAAUGUGGGUCUUGGGGAUUGCCUCCUGUGUCAUACUCUCCUUUGUCAAUCAGUUCUUUUGGUACAGAUCCAACCCCUUGUCGGUUUCUUCCAUUGCCGCCCAGAUUGCUGUGGUUCCCAUUGGCCACUUGAUGGCCAAGACGCUACCGACGAGACCCCUUUUCAAGGGCACACGCUUCGAGUUCACUAUGAAUCCUGGACCCUUUAACAUUAAGGAACAUGUUCUCAUUACUAUUUUUGCCAAUUCUGGUGCUGGCUCUGUUUACGCUACUCAUAUUUUGACUGCUGUUAAGCUCCUCUACAAGAGGCAGCUCACUUUCGUUCCUGCCCUGCUUAUUAUGCUCACCACUCAGAUUCUUGGAUUUGGCUGGGCUGGAAUCUUCAGAAAAUAUCUGGUUGAGCCAGGAGAAAUGUGGUGGCCAUCUAAUUUGGUUCAGGUCUCAUUGUUUAGGGCACUCCACGAGAAGGAGAAGAGACCGAAACGCGGCACCACUAUCACCCAAUUCUUCAUUUUAGCAAUGAUUUGCAGCUUUGCUUACUAUGUUCUUCCUGGCUACCUUUUCUUUAUGCUCACCUCUUUCUCUUGGGUGUGUUGGUUUAAUUCCAAGUCUGUUUUGCUUCAUCAACUGGGCUCUGGCACGCGCGGCCUUGGAAUUGGCGCAUUUGGGGUAGAUUGGACCACAAUUUCAUCUUAUCUUGGAAGUCCCUUGGCUAGUCCUUGGUUUGCCACUGCCAAUAUUGCUGUGGGAUUCUUUCUUGUUAUGUAUGUGAUGACACCCCUUUGCUACUGGUUCGAUGUUUAUGGAGCAAAGAAGUUCCCCAUAUAUUCGAGCAGCCUUUUCAUGUCCAAUGGUCUCAAGUACAACAUCUCGAGUAUUGUGAAUUCAAAUUUCCAUCUUGAUCGAGGUGUUUACCGCACAACUGGGCCUGUAAAUCUCAGUACCUUCUUUGCAAUGACCUACGGACUUGGAUUUGCCACACUUUCUGCUACACUUGUUCAUGUCUUUCUCUUCAAUGGAAGAGAACUGUGGAACCAGAGCAAAAGCGCCUUUGGAGGGAAGAGGAAAAUGGACAUACAUACGAGGCUUAUGAAAGCCUAUAAACAAGUACCUACAUGGUGGUUCCUCAUCAUCCUUGUGUUGAGCAUUGGUCUCUCUAUUUUUGCUUGUCAAUAUUACAAUGCAUCCCUUCAAUUGCCUUGGUGGGGUGUUCUGCUAGCUUGUGCCAUUGCCUUCUUCUUCACUCUUCCCAUUGGCAUCAUUGCCGCUACCACAAACCAGUCACCUGGUUUGAAUAUUAUAACAGAGUACAUUAUUGGCUAUGCGUAUCCUGAGCGCCCGGUCGCCAACAUGUGUUUCAAGGUGUUCGGAUAUAUCAGUAUGACACAAGCUUUAACAUUUGUGUCCGACUUUAAACUUGGUCACUACAUGAAGAUCCCACCCAGAACAAUGUUCAUGACUCAGAUGGUGGGAACAAUCAUAGCCGUGGUGGUAUACAUUUCAACUGCUUGGUGGCUAAUGGGAUCAAUUCAAAACCUUUGUGACACCAACCUACUGCCAUCAAACAGCCCCUGGACUUGCCCGAUGGAUCGCGUGUUCUUCGAUGCUUCAGUCAUUUGGGGGCUUGUUGGGCCUCGCAGAAUCUUCGGGAAUCUUGGAGAAUAUGGAGCUGUGAAUUGGUUUUAUGUUGUGGGAUUAGUUACACUUAAUCUAUAA